AUGGAAAGGCAACGGAAGAGUGGGAAGAAGAAAAAGAAGGGGAAGGGGAAGAAGAAGGGAGGAACGGGAGGAGGGGGAGGGGCAGACACUGAAAUAGAGCGUGCUUUGGCUGCCAUCGAGGGGCGAGGAGGAGGAGGACAAGCCGCAGCAGCACCAGCAGCAGCAGCAGCACCAGCAGCAGCUGGGAUUCCCGUGACGUCAGCGGAGGGGGGUCCGGUGACGUCAGCAGCAGCAGCAGGGGGGCCUGUGACAUCAGCGCGGCCGCUUCUAGCGGUGGAGACCCGGUUCCUACGAGCAGAUGACGAGCUGAAGCGCAUCUUUGGCUCCAAGGUCAUCCGCCAGGUGGAGCGGCAAGCCGGGGGCGGAGAAGGAGGCGCAGGAGGAGGGAUGGGUGUGAGGGGAGGUGUGCGGGGGAGGCGUGGAGGAGGAGGGGGAGGGGGUGGGGGAGGGAGUGUGGGGAGGCGGGCGUUGCUGGUGCAGGAGAGAGAGCACUGGCCACCAGGAGCUGUGGCGGAGAAGGGACUUACCAUGGAGUUCGUGCGCGAGAGCAAGGGCACUGUUGCUGUUUCUAGUGCCUCUCCUGCUACUAGUGGCGGUGCUGCUGCUGCUGCUGCUGCUGAUGGUGCCACCAGUGGAGCUUUCCCUGCUCUCCCCGUGCGUGUGUUUCGCUACGUGCGGUCGGCCACGUACCGGGCGGCACAGCACCUGUUUGAGCAGACAGUGGCAUCGCACGACCCCAACCAGCUGGGGCUGUUUGUGGCGCACCACCCUUACCACGUGGAGGGGCUAUUGGCUCUUUCUGAGGUCUACAAACAGGUGGGAGAGGUGCAGACGUCAGCAGACCUCCUUGAGCGAGCGCUCUUCAUGCUGGAGGCAGCGUGGCAUCCCUGGUUCAACCCCUCGUUGGGAACUUGCCGUUUGGAUUUCGCCCACGAGCCCAAUAGAGCCCUCUUCGAUGCUCUCUUCCGUCACAUGCACCAUGUGGGUCGCAGGGGCUGUCAUCGCGCUGCCUUUGAGCUCUGCCGCCUGCUGCUCUCCCUCGACCCCGACACUGACCCCCUCGGUGCUCUCCAGUGUAUUGACUUCUAUGCCCUCAGGGCGCACCAGUACACCUGGCUGCACGAUUUCGUGGACCAAUGGGGGGGUGACACGUCACUGGCGGUGCUGCCAAACUUCUGCUUCGCUCUGGCCCAGGCGAGGCUGGGGGAGGCCGAGGGAGAUGGGGAGGGGGAUAGGGGGGAGGGGAGUGGGGAGGCGGCCAAUGGCGUGACGCCAGCUGGCAGGAUCCGUGCCGCCGCUUCUGCUGCUGCUGCUCCUGACGCCGCGUCUCUCCUGCGCGAUGCGCUCUUCCUGCACCCGUAUGUGCUGAAGGGGCUGGUAGAGAAGGCUCCGAUCAAGACCGACACAUCGUGGACGUCCAUUCUCAAGCACCCGCUCUUUGCCAGGACGACACCUGGCAGCGCGUCAUUGGAGCAUCUGGUGCGGCUGUAUGUGGAGCGCAGUGCCGUGCUGUGGCGGGGGGAGGGCAUUCAAACUCUGCUGAAGCGUGUGGCGGGGGAGGUGGUGGCGACGGUGGAGCGGGAGAGGAAGGAGGGCAGUGGGGACGGGGAGAUGGAGAGCUGCAAGUGCGUCCGGGAGGUGUCGUUUCCGUCAGGAGCGAACGCAUACCGCCACUUGUUGCUAUCCGACUUCUCAGACGCCGCGCCAACUCUGCCGCCCGAGGAGCUCAUGGCGAUGCAACAAGACGAAGCUGGCCGGCAGCGCCGCCCGGGAGCCCACGGGCUCGGCUUCUUGAUUGGUGCAGGCGCUGGUGCUGCUGGUGGGGGCGGGGGAGGCGGAGAGGGAGGAGGGGGAAUGGGAGGAGGAGGGGGAAUGGGAGGGGGAGGAGGAGGGGGAAUGGGUGCAGGGGGAGGGGCAGGGCAGGGGCAGCAGGUGGAUUUAGCAGGGCGGAACCCUCUUAUGGUGUUUCUAGAGGAGAUGCUGCCAUGGAACGACUUUGGGGGAGCGGGAGGUGCGGCGGGCAUGGGGAUGAAUGGGGAGGAGCACCAGGCUGCUCUGGCUGCUGCUGCUGUUGCUGCUGCUGAUAGUGAUGGUGAUGGAGAGGAGGAUGAGGAUGACGAUGAUAUUGAAGAGAUUGAAAUGGAGAGGCGAUAG